GACAUUCACUUCCAGGUUAUUGUCGAACUCACCGUCCAGUCGAUAACGGAAAUCAGUGAAUUCUCGAGUAGUUUCAAAGCGGAUGUGUGGUUUUCACAAAUAUGGCGAGAUCCACGGCUUGAUUUCACUGAUCGAAAUUAUUGUAUAAAGAAUAUUUCGCUAGCUGCUCAUAAAUUACCACAAUUAUGGUCUCCGAAUGUAUGCUUUGUAAAUAGCAAAAAAGUUGAAAUUCAUUCAUCUCCAUCUCAAAAUAUUCUACUGCUAGUAUUUCCUAAUGGAACUAUUUGGCUGAACUUCCGUGUUUCACUUAUUGGACCGUGUAAACUCGAUCUUACAUAUUUUCCAAUGGAUCGACAAUCUUGUAACUUGAUCUUUGAGAGUUAUUCAUAUAAUACUGCCGAAGUUCGUAUAGUAUGGAGGGACUGGGAACCGGUUUCGAUUCCUGAUCCGAAUUCAAAAAAUCUACCUGAUUUUGAACUUGUACAGUACGAGCAUCGAAAUGCUACUUUGGUGUAUACCGCAGGACUGUGGGAUCAAUUAGAAGUGGAAUUCACAUUCAGAAGACUAUAUGGGUACUAUGUUCUUCAGGCCUAUAUGCCAACUUAUCUUUCUGUUUUUAUUUCAUGGAUAGCAUUUUGGAUUGACACUAAGGCGUUACCAGCGAGAAUAACGCUGGGCGUUUCAUCAUUAAUGGCUUUGACGUUUCAGUUUGGUAAUAUCGUGAAAAAUCUUCCGAGAGUCAGUUAUGUCAAGGCACUCGACAUUUGGAUGUUUGGUUGCGUAGGAUUUAUAUUCCUUUCACUUGUUGAGUUAGCCGUGGUUGGUUUCGCCGACAAACUUGACGCGAAACGGAAACGAUACGGAAGGUCUAUUGAGCAUGCAGUUAUGCGUAGUGAUUCUGAGCAACAGUGGCUUUCCAGACUUCAACGGAGUCAUUUCACUGAAGUUGUGGAUAAUCGAAGUCCACUAACUACUGGUGGUGUUCCGUUACUAGUAGCACCCGAAGGCAACGGAAAUACCCAAAGAAAGCGUUCCGAAGAAAAAACUCGGCAAAUGUACGUGCACGUAGAACAUCCUAUUCAUGUAAAUGGAGAGAGAAUAGAUGAAAUUUCUGCGAAGCUGUUCCCAUUGAUGUUCACAGCUUUCAAUAUAUUCUACUGGUUCUACUAUAUUGGAAUGUCAGGAGGAAUAUUUUAA